AACAAACCUGUACUAAGAACAAAGAAAAAGAAAUGGAUAACAACACGUCUAGUUUGGAGAAAUUGGAAAUAUGGAACAGAGAUCUGGCAGAAAAUUUGAUGUUUGAUAAUGUAGUUUUGUCUCUUUACAUACUAAUAGGACUAUUGGGCAACUCCAUAGUUAUUAUUGUCUACGGUUUUUUGAUGAAAGGUGACAAGGAAGAGAGAUAUUUUAUUCCAAUCCUUGCCGCUGUGGAUUUAUGCACUUGCCUGCUUGGCUCUUCAUUUGGAAUAGCUCUCAACAUGAUGCCAGUGAAAUUUGACAACAACUUUGCAUGUAAAACCAUGAAAUUUCUUGUGCCGUUUUUUGUUUUCACUUCCGUGUUAUUUCUUCUGAUCAUUGCUGUGCACAGAUAUCGCAAGGUCUGCAAACCAUUCGGAAAACAAAUGACGAAAAAGUGGAAACAGUUUUCAAUAUGCUUUGCUGCGAUAAUAGGAUUAACAUUAUCUUUACCUAUGCUCUAUUUUUAUGAUUCAGUAUCCUUUCCAAACAAGAAAGAAGGAAUUGUGGGAUUGCAAUGCAGCACCUCAAAAACAGUCAAUAAAACACUCUCCUUAAUUCAUGGUGGCUUCCUUCUUAUUGCAACAAUAACAAUCAUAAUUUCACUAAUUAUCCUGUAUUCCAAAAUAGGAUAUACUAUUAUGUUACAUUUCAACAAAACGAAGACCAUUAACAGGAAGAAAAAUUGCUCAGAUGAAGAAAAUUCAAUCGGCAUCUAUAAGUUAGAAAAUCAAAUUUCGAGCCACGAUGAUCAACAUAGUGAGAAUAAAACAUAUUCAGUUAAGACGGACAGCACAGAAUUAUCUGGUAACGAUUCUAUUUCUCAAGUACAUGUAUCAUCAAGUACGACAAAGAAGGUUAUUCUUUUGCUAUUAGAAGCCAGGAAUCCAAAGUUCUGGGAGGAACUUUCAGAUUCUACAAGAGUUGGUGUUUUGUUUGUUUAUCGAAUGUACAUCAUAAACAGUAUCGCAAAUCCUGUCAUUUAUGCAUUCCUAGACAAAAAGUUUGCAACAGAAAUCAAGAAGUUGUUUAACAUUUUUUCCCAAACAUUCAAAAUGGAAAAGUGGAAAACAGAACACGAGAAAAAUGGCGAGGUUAAGGUUCACCGGAGAGCUGUUCAGUUUGAUUUCUAUGUAGAUUACGCUCUUAAAGACUUUGAAUGA